UAACUUAUGGGCAAUUAGGCAGGGCAGGUGGCGGGUCGAUGCCUCGUCAGAGCGAGUGCGAGAGACACAGAGAAAUAGAGUCGUCGUCGUCGUAGUUGUCGUUUUAACGUUUCCGUCUUCUCUUCUCAAGUGAGAGAGACUCGGAGCUGUAAAAAAAAAAAAAGACAUCCCAACAAAUUCUCGAUCGAAGAAGCAAAUCGAACAGCUGCAAGAGGAAAAAAGAUGUUACCAACGGUUAGCAAAACGCGCUCGUCGUCUUCCGCGUCUCGACCUAACCCCAUGUUCCCUCAGUACCUCCGUCGAAUUGUCAAGUGGCAACAAAUGGAUAUUGAAUAUACAUUCUGGCAAAUGCUUCACCUAUGUACUGCACCCAAGGUUGUCUAUCAGCACACAAAGUAUCACAAACAAACAAAGAACCAGUGGGCACGUGAUGACCCUGCUUUUGUUGUAAUCUGUAGCCUUCUUUUGGCAGUUGCAACAGUAGCUUAUUGUGCUGCGUAUGAUCACAGUGCUGCACAUGCUGUUUUUGUAGUUAUUUCAGUAUUGCUUUUCCAUUUUUUACUUGCUGGGAUAUUUCUGGCUACAUGUUGUUGGUUGUACGCAUUUGAUGUGCACUGCAAUUCUUUCUUCCCAAUGUUUGCAAUGCUUUAUGUAAUACAUUAUUUUCUGUCACCGCUUCUGGUAGCCCAUGGCUUUAUACCUGUAUUGCUGUCAAAUCUGCUUGUCAUGGUGGCUGCUUCUUACUAUCACUACCUCAACUUCUUAGGUUAUGACGUACUUCCCUUUUUGGAGACAACAACAUUUUUCCUCUACCCAAUUGGUGUCGUUAUCAUUCUCUCUCCUAUCUUGAUUUUAAGUGGCUUCAAUCCUUCGAGGUAUCUUAUGAACAUUUACUUUAGCCAAAGGAUAUGAUUUUCGAACCCCUCAGAAUAGCCACCAAUUUUAAGAUCAGUGAGUACUUUGGAGACUGCAUCAAUAUUAGAAGGCUUUAUGGUUUGCAACGGGAGAAAUGCAGCAUAAAGGAGAAAAUGAGAAAAAGGCUAACCUCAACCUGAAGAAAGCCUUUGUAGCCUUAUUCAUGGGUUUUUUUUUUUUUUUUCUUCUUACCAGCAGGAGCAGAAAUUAGAACCAAAUGAAUUGAGGUUAGAAAAUGAUUUGUCAGUGAUCAAGAUGAUUGAUCAAAUGAAGCUAUUUGAAAUUUAAUGACUUUGACCCUUUGUUUUUUAUUAAUAUAC